AUGGGGAAGACCACUCCCCUGGCCCUUCAUCACCACCGCACAGGUUACGGAAGAGAGUCUUGGUCGCCGUGGCUUGCGAGGGAUGCCGCCGUAAGAAAGCGAAAGUAUGAGGCUUCUCUCUGUUUGAAGAGGAUUCCUGUCGCCGUGCAGAAAAAGUACGACAUCUUGCUAGUUGAGAAUCAGCAGUAUCGAGAACUGUUUGACGCCAUAAAUAAGAAGCCUGAGUGCGAGGCGCAGGAGAUUUUCAACCGGCUGAGAAGUUCGGAUCAGCCCCUUGCUGUCCUCGAAACUGUGAGACAAGCCGAAGUUCUUCCCCCGAAACCUUCGACGAAUACAUGGGAUUCCGAUCCCAGGCUGGCAUUUUUCGACCAGAAAGCAUUUGAAUCGAGUGUUAUACAAGUUCCUGCCAAGCCGUGGACAACAGUUGCCGGAGAUGGAAUCGUAUCGGAGCUAAUAACGGACUUUUUCACUUGGGAUAACUCCUAUAUGUUUCCCGUGCUCGAUAGGAUCACGUUUGUGGAUGAGAUGAGAGCGGGAGAUGAUACAGAAGUGAAGUGGUGCUCACCCUUGCUAGUGAAUGCUAUUUGCGCCAAGAGAUGUCUGAUGGUCGAACGAGGAAAACAAUUCGGUGUCAUGACAGGCCGCAACCUCUCCGAGUCCUUCCUUGCCGAGGCUAAGAGCCAUUUUGAGUCUGAACAAGGCCGACCAUCGAUACCAACUGUCCAAGGACUACUUCUGAUAUACCUUACCAUGGCAGCAACGGGGAAAGACAGAGCUGGUCUGAUCUAUCGCCUCACAGCCUAUGAGAUGCUCAAGCAACUCCGCUUGGAGGCAAGGUAUAAGGCAGCAAAGAACAACGUUCCACCUCAGACUCAUGAUAUGAUGCUGACAUCCAAGACGCUUUGGGGAAUAUUCCUUCUAGAGAGGCCCUCUACUAUUCCCCCACCUCAAGUCCCUAAGCCCUUCCUCUCCAUCCUCACAUUCACCCAUAAAGGAAAUUUGGAUGUUCUUGAUAGGCCUUGGAAAGAUUCUUCUGGUCUUGUUCCUCGGCCACCGGGAGUAUUAGCAGCUGCAUGCUCAUUUUCUGAACUUCUCUACGAGAUCAUGCAGUAUCUCACAACUUCUAGAUUCAGACGGGGAAGUGAGGAAGAUACUCAUGCUAGACGGUUGUUCUUUUCUCGCCUCAUACAGCUGAAACAUGACAUACCUCGCCAGUUGGUCGUGGAGCAGAACCUUACCCCAGUAACGUGUUUCUUAAGAAUAGACGAAAACCUAAUACUAUACACACUGCUCCAGGAUAUGCCUACCAAUACACCAUUUGGUGUCCCGUACAGUUCGACAGUCAAGGACCUAUGUAUUCAACACUGUCGCCACGAUACAGAGAUUAUUGGGUCAUUCGUCAAGAAGUGGCCUACGAACCUAAUGAUAGCACACCAACUGUACAUAUCGAUGCAAACACUGGUCCCCAUACUCGAUGACACCGCGGCACAAGAUCUGUUUACAAAAGGUUGUCGGAUGGCGCAGUUGUCUUCUGGCAGCGUUAGACUCAGCGGAGUUCUCCUACAAGCGACUCAAGCCUUCAUCUGGGCCAUGGACAAGUGCAUCCCGGAAACUGCACGGCAACAUCUCGAAGGGUGGACUCAAGAAACAGUUGAGAAGGACUUGCCAAUGAGCUUUGCCUUGCCUCCCCGGGGAGAGGUCAAGGAAGUCCUCACUUCUGAUGAAAGCGACCAGGAAUGCUCGAUAUGGAACUUGGGCACCUUGAUUGAGAAGUGGGCAAUGCUGUCAAUGGAUGAAAGCAGACCAUCGUCGUGA